AAGACUCAUGGAAGAAAGCAACACCAGCAGAGAGCGAUAUCUGAAAAGUGUUUUACGGGAGUUGGUUACAUACAUAAUUUUCCUUGUGGUCUUGUGUGUCCUGACUUACGGGACAGUGAGUUCCAGUAUGUACUAUUACACAAGGGUUAUGUCACAGCUCUUCCUGGAAACACCUGUAUCAAAAAUGGAGAAAACUGAUUUCAAAACUUUGUCCACAAUGGAUGACUUCUGGAAGUUCACAGAAGGCCCUUUGCUAGAUGGUCUUUACUGGGAGAUGUGGUACAACAACAAAACCAUGGCAGAAAACAAAAGCUUCAUUUAUUAUGAGAACCUGCUCCUUGGGGUGCCUCGCAUUCGGCAGCUCAAAGUGAGAAAUGGUUCAUGCUCAAUACCUGAAGAUUUAAAGGAUGAAAUUAAAGACUGCUAUGAUGUCUAUUCUGUAGCUAAUGAAGAUACUGCUCCUUUUGGACUUCGAAAUGGAACAGCUUGGACGUACACCAAUGAGAAGGAUUUGAAUGGGAGCAGCCACUGGGGCUUGAUUGCCACAUACAGCGGGGCAGGUUAUUACCAAGACCUCUCAAGGACCAGAGAAGUGACAGCUGUGCAGAUUGCUAGCCUUAAGAAGAACCUGUGGCUGGACAGAGGAACCAGAGCGGCUUUCAUUGAUUUCUCAGUAUACAAUGCAAACAUCAAUCUAUUUUGUGUUGUCAGGUUGUUAGUGGAGUUUCCAGCGACUGGGGGCCUUGUUACGUCUUGGCAGUUUCAGCCAGUGAGGCUGAUUCACUACAUCUCCACGUUUGAUUUUUUCCUGGUAGCCUGUGCAAUAGCAUUUUGUCUUUUUGUUCUUUAUUACAUGGUGGAAGAGAUCUUAGAAAUUCACAUUCAUAGACUGCACUACUUCAGAAGUCUCUGGAAUUGCCUUGAUAUCCUUAUCAUUGUGCUCUCUGUGGUAGCUAUAGGAAUUGGUAUAUAUAGGACAUCAACUGUUGACAUGCUCCUGAAGAAGCUGCUGGAAGAUCAGAACUUGUUCCCCAACUUUGAACCUUUGGCAUAUUGGCAAAUGCAAUUCAACAACAUUGCUGCAGUCACUGUGUUUUUUGUCUGGAUUAAGCUUUUCAAAUUUGUUAACUUCAACAGAACAAUGAGUCAGUUAUCCACUACCAUGUCUCGCUGCGUCAAAGAUGUCAUUGGCUUUGCUAUUAUGUUUUUUAUUAUUUUCUUAGCGUAUGCUCAGUUGGCCUAUCUUGUCUUUGGCGCUCAAAUCGAUGACUUCAGCACUUUCCAGGACUGCAUAUUUACUCAGUUCCGCAUCAUUUUGGGAGACUUCAACUUCACAGAGGUUGAAGAAGCUAAUCGAAUUUUGGGACCAAUUUAUUUCACUACAUUUGUGUUCUUUAUGUUCUUCAUUCUUUUGAACAUGUUUUUGGCGAUUAUCAAUGAUACAUACUCUGAAGUCAAAUCUGAUAUGGCACAACAGAAGGCAGAAAUGGAACUGUCUGACCUUAUCAGAAAGGGCUACAACAAAGCCAUGAUCAAACUUAAAUUGAAGAAAACGACUGUUGAUGACAUUUCAGAAAGUCUGAGGCAAGGUGGGGGAAAACUAAAUUUUGAUGAACUCCGGCAAGAUCUAAAAGGGAAGGGGCACACAGAUGCGGAGAUUGAAGCAAUAUUUACCAAGUAUGAUCAGGAUGGGGACCAGGAAUUGACAGAGCAUGAACAUCAGCAGAUGAGAGAUGACCUGGAGAAGGAGAGGGAUUUGGACCUGGAUAGGAGUUCUCUGCCACGUCCUCUGAGCAGCCGCAGCUUCCCCCGGAGCUUGGACGACUCUGAGGAGGAUGAGGAUGAAGACAGCGGACACAGCUCCAGGAGGAGGGGCAGCAGCUCUAGUGGGGUUUCCUAUGAAGAGUUCCAAGUGCUCAUGAGGCGGGUUGAUCGCAUGGAGCAUUCUAUCGGCAGUAUUGUUUCCAAGAUCGAUGCAGUUAUUGUGAAGCUCGAAGCGAUGGAGAGAGCCAAACUAAAAAGGAGAGAUGUGUUGGGAAGACUGUUAGAUGGGGUGACAGAGGAUGAAAGACUGGGUCGUGACAAUGAAAUCCACAGGGAACAAAUGGAGCGACUGGUGCGAGAGGAGUUGGAGCGAUGGGAAUCGGAUGAUACAGCAUCCCAAAUGAGCCAUAGGUUGGGAACACCACUUGGACUGAAUGGCCAGCCUCGUUCAAGGAACUCUCGUCCAUCUUCCUCCCAGUCGGAUGGUAUUGAUGGGGGAGGAGGAAAUGGGGGGAAUAACAUCCAUGUGUAGGAAUAACUUUGCAGGUGAUUCUAAAUGUUCCAGGUCAGUAUUAAGCCAGCAAAUACACUACUCCACUGUUUCCCAGCAUGAGGUGAUGAUCCUUAUCAGACCGCUAAGGACAAUUUGCACUUGUGGGCAACAGUAAAUAUUCUCUUCCAAAGGCAUUUUCAGACCUAGGUAAGCCACGUUGUCACGUUCAAGUUACCAGCAGUGAGACUGUCAGCCUUGGAAACAAAAAUGCAGGAGACAGAUGGAAACCAGGUGUGACAAAGUCUACCUGGACAGAAUUUGGGUUCCAUACAUGUAUUAUGGGGAACACUUUCACAAGGCUAGCAAGCUUCAGACAAAAUAACGUGCUGUGGCUAAAACACUCAAAUGAAAGGUUGUGAGUUUUCUGCUUUCUAUUGGAAAAUACUAUUUUAAAAUGCUUUUAAAAGCAAUUUUAGAAGAAGAUGGCAUCAGUUUCUUGUCUCAUUCAUUAUAACAGCUGACACUUUUCAAAGAGAGAAGACUGCUUUUUUUUUUACAUUUAGUUUCUACAUAUUUUUCUGAGUUAUUCUUGGCGUACUAACAUUUUAAUUAACUUAAAAUGUUAAUUUUUACUGUUUUUGAGAAAUACUAUGUUUCUUUAAACAGAAGAAAGUGCACUUAAUUUUGUACAACUGUAAAUCACAUUAUUCCCUGAUAGAAACUAUAUGCGUUACAUGUUUUUUGCAUUUCAUGAGCAUUUCAAAAGUAGUAUUUGAGAACUGCCUCUUUGCACCCAACUAACGUAAUCAUUUUCAGCUUGGUUGCAAUGUGCCCAUUUUCUAAUGCUAUAUAUUUUCGUGAUCUAAGUGUUCCUGGGAUAAACAUUUCACAGGUUCUUAGGUAAACAUGGUUGCUUUGCAGAAAAUACGUUAUUUAAAAGCACACAAAAUUGAAAAACCCUAACUCUUCCUCGGGUGUGACAGGGAAAGGGGCCGAGAAGUUGCUGACAGUUGGGAAAAGCCAGUCUCAUGCUUUAUCACAUUCUGAUCAUGCCUUGACUACGUAGCCUGUAUUCAUAUUUAACAGAACUUCUUGUAAGAUUAAGUAUAUUUCUACAUAUGGCUUCCUGCUGGGGGGCAA